AUGGCUGAAGGUAUUGCUGUGCAACGCUUCCCUCGGCAGCGGGCCAGCGCCGUGCCGGGAGCGGGCUCAAGGCUGGAGCGCGGUUCCUCCAGCGGCCCGGCGGGCACGGCCCAGGGAGCACCCGGCCUGCGGUACCGGCCUGAGGUACCGGCCCGGAUCCGUGCCCUUCCCCGGCCAUUGCUCUGCCCAAGGCAGCUCCAGUGCGCGGGCUGUGCGCAGCGCCGGGUGAGCCGGGCAGAGCCCGCCACGACACAGCUCCGGAGGGAAACGGGGGCUCUCGUGUGUCAGCGGGGCUCCGGGAUGUCACCGGUCCCUCACUGGUGUCACAAGGGCUCUCGUGUGUCACCGAGUCCCUCACUGGCGCCCCGGGUCAGCCGAGCCCUCGGCGGCAGCGCCCCCAGGCGGCAGCGGCUCUCGCUGUCCUUCGCAGAGUGCCCCGGGACCGGCAGCGCCCAGGCGGGCAGGGCGGCCGCCUGCCAAGGAUGCCCCAACCAGGGGCUGUGCGCGGCCGGCGCGGCCGGGCCGGACCCGGCGGAGGCGGCGGAGCUGCGGGCGCGGCUGCGGGCGGUGCGGCACACGGUGCUGGUGCUCUCCGGGAAGGGCGGCGUGGGCAAGAGCACCUUCAGCGCCCUCCUGGCGCACGGGCUGGCGGCGGACGAGACCAAGCAGGUUGCUCUGCUCGACAUAGAUAUCUGUGGGCCAUCGAUUCCUAAAAUUAUGGGUCUAGAAGGAGAACAGGUUCAUCAGAGUGGGUCUGGAUGGUCUCCAGUGUAUGUUGAAGAAAACUUAGGUGUCAUGUCAGUGGGAUUCUUGCUUAGUAGUCCUGAUGAUGCUGUCAUCUGGAGAGGACCAAAAAAGAAUGGGCUGAUCAAGCAGUUUCUGCGUGAUGUGGACUGGGGUGAAGUGGAUUACCUGAUCGUGGACACGCCCCCAGGGACGUCGGACGAGCACCUGUCCAUCGUGCAGUACCUCAGUGCCACCCGCAUCGACGGCGCUGUCAUCGUCACCACCCCCCAGGAAGUGUCACUUCAGGAUGUUCGGAAGGAGAUCAACUUCUGCCGCAAGGUGAAGCUGCCCAUCAUAGGUGUGGUGGAGAACAUGAGUGGCUUUGUGUGUCCCAAGUGUAAGAAUGAAUCUCAGAUCUUUCCCCCAACUACUGGUGGUGCAGAGAAGAUGUGCCAGAACUUGAGUGUUUCUCUCCUGGGUAAAGUGCCUCUGGAUCCACAGAUAGGAAAAAGUUGUGACAGCGGCCAGUCUUUCUUGGCUGAAGCACCUGAGUCUCCAGCUACACUGUCUUACAGGAAUAUCAUUCAAAGAAUUCAGGAGUACUGUGAACAACACCAUUUGCAAGAAGAAAAGAUAAUGUAAUUUGUAAGUGGAACAAAAAUGUAGCUCAUGUCUAAUUAUAGAAAAGUAACUUAUGCCUUGAUUAAUUAAAGGAAUGUAUUCUUUUUGUAUAUUGCAAAUAAAUUCUUAAUAUAAAGGCUCUUGCCUAUGUUUUUUCCCAAA